GGUUAGCGGUGUGCGUGUGACGCACUUUUUCGCGGGCGGGCGCGCGCGAGCGAACGUGUUUCAGGUGGCCUGGGGAAGGAUCACGUGCCGUGGGGGCGGGGCUGGAGGAGCAGCUGACGGAGCUGGCGAGUGUGGAGUUCGGUGGGUACAACUAGAAGGUGAAGUAAAUAAUGCACCAAUGAUUGAAUAUUGCCAGGCUUUCUUAACUCAAUGACAUCUGUGCCAAUGAUACCAGACUCUUACAGCCAUGUAUUGGCAGAACUUGAGUGUUUGGAUCCAUUGCUUUCUGCACUCAGGUUGGAUUCUAGUCGUCUGAAGUGCACAUGUAUAGCUGUGUCUCGGAAAUGGCUGGCUCUGGGCAGUUCAGGAGGGGGAUUAAACCUGAUUCAGAAAGAAGGCUGGAAACAGAGGCUGUUCCUCACUCAUAAGGAAGGUGCCAUUUCCCGGGUUGCCUGUUGUUUACACGAUGAAGAUUAUGUUGCUGUUGCCACCAGUCAAGGCCUUGUAGUGGUCUGGCAACUCAAUCAGGAGCGUCGUGGAAAGCCAGAGCGGAUUUAUGUUUCCACUGAGCACAAAGGCAAAAAAGUCACAUCUCUUUGUUGGGAUACAGCCACACUUCGAGUUUUUGUAGGAGAUCAUGUGGGAAAAGUGUCUGCUAUCAAGAUUAAUACAUCCAAACAAGGGAAGGCAGCGGCUGCUUUUGUGAUGUUUCCAGUUCAGAUUAUAACCACUGUUGACUCCCGUGUAGUUCAGCUUGAUUAUUUGGAUGGAAGACUGCUUAUUUCUUCACUUACUCGCUCCUACUUGUGUGAUACUGAGAGAGAAAAAUUCUGGAAAAUUGGUAACAAAGAAAGAGAUGGAGAAUACGGUGCCUGUUUUUUCCCAGCUGGAAAGAGUUGUGGGAGCCAGCAGCCAUUAAUAUAUUGUGCACGUCCUGGGUCAAGGAUGUGGGAGGUGAACUUUGAAGGGGAGGUGCUAAGUACCCAUCAAUUCAAACAGCUGCUCUCGUCGCCUCCUCUCCCGGUUAUUACUCUAAGGUUGGAUCCUCAGUAUAAUACUUCCGCCUGCUCCCUCCAGUCUUUGUCUUUCCCAAAACUGUUAUAUUUGACCGAGCACUGUGUUAUGUCGUGGACAGAAAGAGGCAUUUAUGUCUUCAUUCCUCAAAAUGUUCAAGUUUUACUUUGGAGUGAAGUAAAAGAUAUCCAGGAUAUAGCAGUGUACAGAAAUGAGUUGUUCUGUCUGCAUACGAAUGGAAAAGUCUCGCACUUCUCUCUUCUGCUAGUGGAGCGUUGUGUAGAACGUCUGCUGAGAAGAGGUUUCUGGAGCCUUGCUGCCAGAGUCUGCUGUCUCUUCCAGAACUCUAUUAUUUCCUGCAGAGCAAGAAAAUUUUUGCCUCUAGACAAACUAGAGCACUUGAAAUCGCAGCUGGACCUCUCAACCCAAAGUGAUGUCAUUAGCCAACUGGAAGAAUUGAUAUCAAAGCUGGAACCUUUAGAUUCUGCAUGCAGCAGUAGAAGGAGCAGUAUUUCAUCACAUGAAAGUUUCAGUGUCUUAGACUCUGGAAUUUAUCGUGUUAUUAGUCGAAGAGGCAGUCAGUCAGAUGAAGACUCUUGUUCCUUAAACAGCCAAACAUUGUCAGAAGAUGAGAGACUUAAAGAGUUUACUACACACCAGGAAGAAGAGCAGGUGGAGCUUGACAACGUAUCUCAUGCUUCUGUGGUGGUUGAGACUGAUCGGAAUGAGACUUUUCUCCCAUUCAGUAUUCCAUUGUCAUUUCGUUCACCAUCUCCUCUGGUCUCCCUCCAAGCUGUCAAGGAAAGUGUUUCCAGCUUUGUACGCAAAACUACUGAAAAGAUUGGCACCCUUCAUAUGAGUCCUGAUGUCAGAGUGAGGCAGGAAAUGAAAGAUGAUGAUGAGUCUCAUGAAGUGACUGCUAGUAUAGCUGCAUACUCCCAGGAAGAAGAUGAAAAUGAUUUGGAGCUACAGAGCCAGCCUCAAGAAGAGGACCGGCUAAGAGAUCUCAAGAUAGCAACAACAGAAGCUACAGACAAACUGCAAGAUCCACUGGUUUUGUUAGAACCACAAUGCUUGAGAGGAGUUUUGCAUGAGUGGUUUUCGUAUCUGGAAGAAACAUUUGGUUUCAAAGAACCUUCCUUUUCAGAUGACUGCUUAUCCAUUAAGGAAGAUAAGAAUGUGCUUGCUGAAGAACAGAGCGAGGUUUUAGAAGAAAAUAUUGAACCAGAUCAACACAGUGAAGAUCAUGUAGGCAAAGGACAGACAGAUGCUUUGCAAGGAAAUAUUGGACAGGAUCAAACUAGCGAAGCUCAUUUUGGCAGAGAAGUAUGUGAAAACGAUGCCAGUUCAAAGGGAGCCUCAGACCAUGUCUUUCAAGUGUAUCCUCCAUGUCUCAUAGCACGCGAUAUUCAAAAGGACCUAGUAGAGUUGACGACGUUAUGUUUUGAAUUAAAUGUGUUUCCUUGCAAGAAUGGGAAUGUGAAAGAAAGUGCUGAACAGGAUUUACAGCUAACAGUGUCAUGGGUCUUGGCUUGUCAGUUCAUAAAGGACUAUUUCUUUCUCCUGGACUUAAAAAGACUGAAGCGAUGUAUUACAAUCAAUUACACUAGCAGUCCCAGUGUUUGGGAAACUUACAUUGAAGGAUUGAAAGAACUGACUCACGCUAGUCCAGUGACUUUGGCAAUGGAAAAUGGAGAUAUGUUGAAAAUAUUAAAACUGUUAAAUGACUUGGGGCCCUGGGAUAGUCCUCUGUUGUUGGCACAUGCUCAAAGGCUCUAUGAAAAGUUUGGGGAAACAGCUGUAAGGCCCUUGAUCAAGUUCUACCCAUCAAUCUUGCCCUCUGACAUCAUGCAGCUUUGUAGACAUCACCCUGCCCACUUUUUAGCAUAUUUAGACAGCCUUGUUAAAUCAAAGCCAGAAGAUGAAAGGUCGUCCCUGCUUCAAUCUCUUCUUAAUCCUGAAGCAUUGCGACUGGAUUGGCUUUGUUUGGCAGUUUCUCAUGAUGCUCCACAAAGAACAAAUACGGUGGAUUCUGAAGGAAACCCUAGACCACGUUCACAUUUGUUUACCUGGGGCUAUAGCCAACUGAUUUUGCUUCUGAUUAAACUCCCAGCUGAUUUUGUAACAAAAGAGAGGAUGGCUGACAUCUGCAAGUCAUAUGGCUUUUGGCCUGGUUAUCUCUCUCUCUGCUUGGAACUGGAUAGAAGAAUAGAAGCCUAUACUAAUAUUGUUCAUUUGGAUGAUAUGAACCUGUUGGAUGGAGAACAUGGCUCAAUUCCAGAGACUGUGGAAGAAUGGAAGUUCCUUCUCCAUCUUGCACAAAGUCGCAGCACUGAUUUCCACUGUCAUGGUACACAGAAUGGGAAUACUAUCGGCAAUGGUAGCACUAAUUGGUCAAACUGCAUUACUGUUGAAAAUGUAGCUCUUUUGUUGGCUAAGGUAAUUGGUCCAGAUCGUGCCUUGCCAGUACUGCAGGAGUGUGAUUUGACGGCAGAAUUGUCUGAGAGAUUUACCAGGAUCUGCGAAAUACUGAGAAUUGCUGAAAAAAGGCAAAGAGCCCUGAUACAGUCCAUGUUGGAAAGGUGUGACCGUUUUCUGUGGUCUCAGCAGGCAUAGCAAAUAUGCCAGGAAACAGUGAAAUUGCCUCUUAAGUUUUCAUCACCUCUAAGAAACAAACUCUUGUCCACACAAUAAUGUAUUCAGCUACACUGCAUGAAAAUAGCACCUGAAUUGAGUUUUCUUCUACAGCUCUUCCUAAAUAGUUUAAAAUGUGCUUUUAAAACAGGAUUCAGAAAUUGUUAGAUUGAAAUACUCCGAUGUUUGUUGAAAUUAAGACCACAAGUGUCCUAACAGAUUUGGUUUUUUUACAAUAGGAUUAAAAGUGCUGAAUGAAUUUGGUAAUAACUCUGAAUGAAUUAAAACAGUUGGUUAAAAGUAUAGUCCUUUGAACAUUAAAUUAGGUUUGAAAAUAGUGCAUUUUGCCUUCCGCAACUCUUCUGUAGGUUGGUUAAGAUGUAAAUUUCAAAAGGAUUAAUUCUGUGUAUAUUGCCAGCAUGAGCACCCAAACUGUUUUCCCAUCUGACAUUCACUUUUGUCAAUAGCUGCAGUGAAUGCAUGCAAGAAUGCAGAUUUUUCCUUAAUUGUAUAGAAUAUCUACUCUUUUGAUUUAUUUAUUGGAAUAGCUACAGCUUUAUCUUAAGAGCUAUGUAAAAUAAUGUUAUGGGGUAUUGAUUGCAUAGUGUAGAAAUAUGCAUUAAAUCUUUGAAAUACUCAUUUAUUAAUAGACCACUGGAAAAAAGUGUAAACACAGCAUUUGUAAAUUGUAGGAAUCUGUCACGAGGUCAUCUUCAGAUGAGUUACCACACAGAUCAACAUAUCUUUAGAUGUCAAUAUUUCAUAACUGAUUUUUUUAUCUUUUUGGAAGAAAUAAUGCAACUGCAUACCUUUUUGUCUAAAUUGCCUUUUAAAAAGUAUUUUAAAGGGAGGCUGUCAAGUUAAGAAUCAUAUUUUUAAAAAACCUUUACCACUGUUAAGAUAAACAUUAGAUUAUUAAAACUGAAUAUUUAAAACACCCAAUUUUACUUAAUCAUUUGCAAAAAAUAGCUUUAUACCUCUUCUGUUUACUCUGAACUUCCUAGAGCUGAGAUAGUGAAAACAGACUAGUGAGAUUACUUUUGGUUUUAGCUCAUUUCAAUUUAGAGCCUUAUUCACUAGCACAAUGCUGUCUUUUUUUUUCCUCCUACACCAGCAUUUUCUGAGUAAAUUUAUUUGACAGUAUCCCUUUAAAAUAAGAGCCUUUAUAUGUUUUAUGUAUAUAGUUUUGUCUCCAUUGUUUGCUGCAUUCCAAAUUAAUGAUUUUAUUUUAUUUAAAAUUUAAUUAUUUUUUGGUCAAUGUAAGUUUUAUCUGUAAAGUUUGGUCUGAUAUAUAAAACUGCAGUUGGAUGGGUAACCUCUUUGUCUCAAUUGCGAGAACAAGUCACUCCCUUAUGAUGGAGCGUUUCAUAGCUCCUCUGGUGUGGGAAUAAAUGUCUACAGAAAUAGGUCCAGUGACAGGUAUUUCAUACCUUAAGGUUCCUGUCUGUGAAAAGCCAACAAAACGUCUUCUUUCGACUUCAGUAUUUCCUGGGGUAGAGAUUUUCAGCUAAAGUUUGGAAACAGCACAAAUGUGCCAUCCUAUCCCUUCAGACACCCCAUGGUCUUAUUUAUCAUAGGUGUAAAAAGGAUUGGAAGUCAGCAGGGCCGGCUCCAGGUUUUUUGCUGCCACAAGGAAGAAAAAUAAAAGCUGCCCCCAAAGGGCUGGAAUGCUGCCCCUUGAGAAGUGCCGCCCCAAGCACAUGCUUGGAAUGCUGGUGCCUAGAGCCGGCCUUGGUAGUCAGAUACUCCUCUGCCAUCCUAACUUUGGUAUUGAUAUGCCAUGAGGCUUAGAACAAAUCAUUUUACCUUUCUGUGCCUGUUUCCCUACCUCUAAAAUGAGGACAUUUCUACCUCAUGUGGGUGUUAGAAUUAAUUGGUUCAGUUUUAUACAGCACUUCAAAGAAGUAAAGAUCUAUAUAAGAAGUAAAAUUUAUAUAAGUGGAAGAAUCAUCUGUCUCAGGAAAAUACAGAACCAGUUCUCUUUGGGAAAAGUCUAGUGAAAUCUCUUCAGCUUAGAGGGUGAAGAUGUCAUGUCAGGAAAAACAGCUGAAAGCUUUGUGUACAUAAUGACUUUUAUUUUAAAAUGCACAGUUAACAAUGCUGACUUUUACAAUAUAUCACAAACUUUCUUUCAAAGAGCUUGUUUUUCAUUUUGCAUAGCACUGUUAGUAUUAACCACUAUUAUACAAUAUUUUUAAGUGUAUUGCACCUAAAAUGAACUUGUAUUCAUGGUUUCAACUAAUUUUAAGAGGUUUCAAUAAAAAAAAGUGUUUCUGA